GUUGAGUAGACGUCAAGCAGAGGAAAGGAGACUGGGCCGACCAGGAGACAGCGGACAGCAUAAAUGGCCUCGCUGCCCACGGAGUGAAGGAUGGCCUGCAUGGUAUCGCAUCCAUGGCCAGAUCCACCAACAGAAGCGCCGAGGAGGGGGACUCUCGGGUAACCGCCCCCACUGACCGCGGAGAGUCGCGGGACCUGGCCGAGCCCCGGGAACUGUCUCUGGAGGAGGUGCUGAAGUCCUACGAGCAGCCCAUCAACGAGGAGCAGGCAUGGGCGGUGUGCUACCAGUGCUGCAGCGGGCUGAGGGUGCCCCGCCCGCCGGCCGGGAGAGUCAGCCGGGUGAAGGACCCGUCCUCCAUCCUCCUGCGCAGGGACGGAACCGUGUCAUUACAGCAGGAGCCCCGACACAACGAUGAUACUGAUGCGCCUCCUCUUCCACCUGCUACCGAGCGUCAGCUGGUCCAUUCGCUUGGUGUGGCCAUCUACCGAGCUCUGGACUGGGGACUGGACGACAGCGAGGAGCGGGAGCUCAGCCCGCAGCUGGAGCGCCUCAUCGAACGCAUGGCUGCGGGGGACCAGGGCGAAGAGGGUGACAGCACGGCCGGGAACGGUACAACGGAUGAGGGGUACAGUGGCCAGGAGGAGGAGGAGGAAGAGGAGGAGCAGGAGGGAGUGAUAAAGCCGGUGUGUACGUUCCGCCAGGUGAUGGCGCUGUGUGCGUCUCGGCUGACCAACCCAAGCUUGGUUCCAGAGCACUACCAGGCUGUCUGCAGGGCUCUGUUUGUAGAGACUCUGGAGCUGCAGACCUUCCUCAUCAAGAUCAGAGAUGCUAAGGAGAUGCUGAAGAAGAUCACAACAGGGGAAGCUGUGGAAGACUCUACAGCUGAGCUGGACGCACUGAAGCACAGAGACUGGGCACGUCUGUGGGUGCAGCUGAUGAAGGAGCUCAGGCAGGGAGUGAAGCUGAAGAAGGUGCAGGAGCAGCCGUUCAACCCGCUGCCCACCGAGUUCAGCCUCACACCCUUUGAGAUGCUGAUGCAGGACAUACGAACUCGCAAGUUCCAGCUACGCAAAGUCAUGGUGGGUGGUGACAUUCCUACAAGAGUAAAGAGAAAUGCCCAUGAACUGAUACUGGAUUUCAUCAGAUCAAGACCUCCACUUAAACCAGUAUCGGAGCGCAGCCUCCCCCCUCCUCCCCCGCAGCAGCAGUCCCUCCAUGACCGGGUCCUGGCUGAGAUCAAGCAGGAGAGAAAGCUCAGGCCUGUGGUCCUGCCCAACUCCAGGCCAUUUGGCUCUCUGCCCUGCCUGGCUCAGACUUGUCCUUGUAAUGUCAAAUCUACUUCGUGCAUCGACCUGUCCGUGGCAGAGCCCGGGCCCAGGCCGCCGUCCCGCCCUCGCAUCCUGCUCAAGGCUCCAACUCUGGCUGAGAUGGAGGAGAUGAACAUAUCUGAGGAGGAGGAGUCCCCAGACAACGGUGAGCUGCGGAGGGCAGAGAGCUCCCCCACACCUCUGAAAAGAGAUCGCUCCUUCUCAGAGCACGAUCUGGCCUUGCUCCGUGGCGAAAUCUUUCCUUCCCUCUCUGAGUCGGCCCGGCUGGGUGGAGCGGUGAGGCUGAGGGGUGAUAGGCCUCGGUCCAGGACGCUGACUGGCGCCGGCCCACUUCCUAAUCACAGAGCUUCCUUCCCAGUUCAUGGCUGGGAGCCGCCCUCUCCAGCCCGCCUGUCUCUGAGUUCAGUCGACGAGACCACAGAGGGAUCAGAAACGAUGUCGAGCUCCAGAGGUGGAGACAAGCACCAGUGGAUGGAGGAGUUCAGCCACCCUGUGGAGAGUCUCGCCUUGACAGUGGAAGAGGUCAUCAAUGUGCGCCGAGUGCUGGUCAAAGCAGAGAUGGAGAAGUUUCUUCAGAACAAAGAGCUGUACAAUAACCUGAAGAGAGGCAAGGUUUGCUGCUGCUGCAAAGUGAAAUUCCCUCUCUUCUCAUGGCCGUCUACCUGCUUACUGUGUAAAAGAUCUGUCUGCGGCUCUUGCAGUGCAAAGAUGAAGAUUCCCUCAAAGAAGAUGGCCCAUAUUCCUGUGUACACCGUAGGCUUCCACAGCACUCCAAAGAGCCAUGGACACAAAAGCCAAGUCUAUAAGUCCCUGCGCAGCUUAUCCCGCCGCUCAGUAGAGGAGGAGUUCCCCCACCUGUAUGCUCACGGCUGCACGCUGCGGGACGUCUGCGCUGAAUGCACCAAAUUUGUUGCUGAUGUCAUUUCCUCCAGUCGCCGGAGCCUGGACAUCCUCAACAACACUCCCAAGAGGGAGGCCAAAGCCGCUGCUGCUCAGAGACCACAGCUGAAACGCCAAUCCCACCUUGAGACUUGUCCUCAACCACACCUUCCCCAAGUGUGUCCCCCUCCACCUUACCCACAGUCACAGUGUCACCCCCAGCUCCUUCCGCAGUCUCAUCAUCAACAGCAGCAGCUUCAUGCGUCAUUAUCGUCUCCUUCGCCGCAGCUCCACGCCAAGACCAUCAACAAUGUGAAUGAGUAGACUGACACUUUAUCCCUUUCUGCUCACACACACGCUCCUUAAUGAGCUGUGGUGCUGCACUACACUGUGCACACACACACACGCGCACAUGCACAGAAAAGUAGGGUUCUUAAAGGGUUGUAGGGGCUACAUGCAUCAUCAGUAAUGACUCAAAGAGCCAUCAGACUGCUUCACAUAAAAAUAAAUGAGUUAGAAUACAUAAAUCAGUGAGGGUCCUUCUUUAAAUAUUGCUGGUUUGGAGAAUGAAAUGCAUUAUUUCACCGUUAUGCUAUGAUAUACAAAGCCUAAACUUUUCUGGAGCUGUUUAGAACCAUUUUUAGUAAAAAUCAAAUCUAAACAAUCACCACCACACCCAUCAUCCAGUUCCCAACUACAUGAUCUCCCAUAUAUCACCAUCUCACUCAGCAGAUGUGCUCACACAGCCCCCCUCAUCACUCUAAGGUUUGAGUAAGAGCAGUUCUGCCUUAUCUACGGCACUAUGACUCCACUCCCUGAUGCUCACAGCUGCUGGAAGGCAAGCAUAUGGGAGGAGAAGGCAGAUAAUGAACUGCUGGUUGGGGGAGUAUACACUGUGAGAGUUGGGUGUUAGUAGUUUGAGGAGGAUUAACAGUGUGCAGCACAGAGUCAACAUGUAACCCUAGCAUUUUAGCUGUCUGUGGUUGCCUUGUUUUUGUCAUGAAUGUAACUUAGAGACACAGAAACAGAAUUGUAAAAUGAUAAGCUUGUAUCCAGCAUAAUAACAUUUAUUUUUAAUCAUCCAAAAAAAGGCAUUUGUAAUGAGUGGCUGCUGCAUAAUGAGGCCUCUUUUGCAUUUUAGGCGUGCUUAUAAAGUCCCAGGUACAGCUGGAUGAGGUGUGAUGGUGGCGACACUGUGAAUGUAAUGGGGUGAAGCUGCAAACUGCACCUUUAACUGAUGCAGCAUAAUGAUGCUGAUGUGAAGAGAGCAGAUGAAACUCCCGCCUCUCUCACUCCCCAUGGACGCUUGCAAUCUGCUCUGGUUUUGUAAACACUAAGUAGACCUCAACUGCAAUAAAAUCUAAUGACAAACACGA